UAUUUGACGAAUAUCUUAGGAAAGUAAACAGAUUCAGCUGCCAAGAAGUUCAACUUCACGCUUUGGACGACACGCUUGUACACGUUGCUUCUUCCGCUUUCCAUUGUCGUUUAAUGGUUUGUUGGAAUUUGAUUAGGUUGCCAAACUUAUAAACCCUUUUUUUGUUCUUUAUUGCAUGUUGAUUACUUCUAUUACAAAACCAAUUAGUAAUUGUAAAAAUAACCUCACAAGCUUAUUGAUUUCCCUUCCUUAGUUUGUUUGAAUUAAUGGGGUUUGUUUUGUUAGUUAGAAUUUGAUUUCUUUUUGAUGAUUUUGGGUUUUGAGUAUCAAAUUGUUCUUAUAAAGGUUUAAACUUGAAUGGGAUUUUCAACUAUUUGUGGGUAUUCAAGUUCAGGAUCUUUAGAAUUUUAUUACUUUUGGAUGACUUUGGUCUUUGGGGUGUCAAUUGUUCUUAUAAAGGUUCAAACUUGAAUGAGAUUUCAACUAUUUGAGGAUAUUCAAGUUCAAGAUCUUUAGUUGAUAGCAACUCCAAGCAUUUCUACUUGUCUUUAUUGGUGUCAUUUUGGGAUCAAAGAUGGUUGAAACUAAUAAUGCAUACUCAAAUGGUUCUCUUCAUGGUAAUUUUGAAGAGAAACUCGACGAGCUUCGUCACUUAAUGGGAAAAGUGGAUGGUGAUCCAUUAAGAAUAGUUGGUGUAGGAGCUGGUGCUUGGGGCAGUGUAUUUACAGCUAUGUUGCAAGAGGCUUAUGGUAGUUUAAGAGAUAAGAUUCUGAUUAGGAUAUGGAGAAGACCGGGAAGGACCGUCGAUAGGGCCACAGCUAAGCAUUUGUUUGAGGUGAUCAAUUCGAGGGAGGAUGUAUUGAGGAGGCUGAUUAGACGGUGUGCGUAUUUGAAAUACGUUGAGGGAAGAUUGGGUGAUAGGGUUCUUCAUGCAGAUGAGAUUUUGAAAGAUGGGUUUUGUUUGAAUAUGGUUGAUACACCUCUUUGCCCUCUCAAGGUUGUGACAAACUUGCAGGAGGCUGUUUGGGAUGCUGACAUUGUGAUUAAUGGUUUGCCUUCGACGGAAACCCGUGAGGUGUUUGAAGAAAUUAGUAAGUACUGGAAAGAGAGAAUCACAGUUCCUGUCAUUAUUUCGUUGGCAAAGGGUGUCGAGGCUGAAUUGGUUCCUGAGCCGCGGAUAAUAACACCUACUCUAAUGAUCAGUCGAGCAACUGGAGUUCCUAUUGAAAAUAUCCUCUAUCUUGGAGGUCCUAACAUUGCCUCCGAGAUUUACAACAAAGAAUAUGCAAACGCUCGAAUAUGUGGAGCAGAAAAAUGGAGGAAACCAUUGGCAAAGUUUUUGAGGCAGCCCCACUUUAUAGUGUGGGAUAAUGGUGAUCUUGUUACUCAUGAAGUUAUGGGUGGAUUAAAGAAUGUAUAUGCUAUUGGAGCAGGGAUGGUAGCUGCUUUAACAAACGAAAGUGCGACCAGCAAAUCAGUGUACUUUGCUCACUGUACAUCAGAAAUGAUUUUUAUCACUCAUCUAUUGGCAGAAGAACCAGAGAAACUUGCGGGCCCUCUCUUGGCUGAUACUUAUGUAACCUUGUUGAAAGGUCGUAACGCAUGGUAUGGACAAAAGUUGGCCAAAGGUGAAUUGAGCCUUGAAAUGGGUGACAGCAUCAAGGGCAAGGGGAUGAUUCAAGGAGUCUCUGCUGUUAAAGCAUUCUAUGAGCUAUUGAGUCAGUCCAGCUUAAAUGUCCUAAAUCCCGAAGAAAAUGAGCUUGUUGCCCCUGUCGAGCUUUGCCCCAUCUUGAAGAUGUUAUAUAAAAUACUAAUAGUAAGGGAAUCUCCAGUACAGGCCAUUCUUCAAGCGUUGCGAGAUGAGACCAUGAAUGAUCCUCGAGACCGUAUUAAGAUUGCACAAAGCCAUGUUUUUUACAAGCCAUCUCUUCUUGGUCAGCAGCCUUAGUAUCCUAGUCUCUGAUGGCUAGUUUGGCAGAUGAUUUUGACAAUUGACGAAUGUAAAUUCCCGUAUCUUUAUGCUGCAUCAUACUCACCUUCCCAAAAUCUACAGUCAUUAAAGUGAGGAUAUGUUUCAUGAGCCUAUAGAUACAACCAAUAAAAAGUUCAAGAUAUAUUAAAACAAUAUUAAAAGGACAUCAAAGAUUGCACAAGAGCUAUUUUAUUAAUUUUUUGAAUUUCUUAGUUGGUUGUGUCUAUAGGUACUGGAUUCACACAAGAAUUACUCCAACAAAGUUGUGUUUGAACUCUGUUAUUCAGUUCAAGCAAGUAUCAGAGAAGGAACUUAUUGUAUUUUAUUGUCCUUAUUACCGACUUUAGUUGUUCAGGUUGUGUGUUAGUUUUUUGUUAUCAAAUUCGGUCAGAGAUAGUUUAUAGUUGAGCAGUUGUUUUUCCUCUCAUAGCUGCUGCAUAUAUAAAAGUGCUAUCUUGUAAUUGUAACUGCGUUCAUUUUGCAAUUAAUCAAGAAAUGAGGAUAAAAGUUUUUUCACAU